ACAAACAUGGCGGCCUCUAUUUCACCGCUACGCUCCUCCUUCAGGAUUUGUAGCCCGUUAACGUUACACCAUCACUGCUGCCGGGCCAAACUGCGGAUGCACAGAAAAUGCGAGAGUCAAAAGAGACAUCUACACGAGUCGGCGACGAGGGCUGAGCGACGCUUCAGGUCCGGCGAAGGCGUGCGCAGCGUCACGUGUCGGUGGGUGGUGAUUGACAGCCUGUUUCGCCCUUAUGUUCUGCUCCCUCUGAUUUUAGAGCACAUAAAUGAGAGAGCAGUAUGCAACGCCAUCGCUCCAGAGAAGGAUGUGGAUGGCUUCCAUAUUGUGAACAUCGGUAAGCUGUGCCUGGACCAGAGAUCCAUGGUGCCAGCCACUCCUGCAGCUGUCUGGGAGAUCAUCAAAAGAGCAGGUAUUGAGACUGUGGGGAAGAAUGUCCUUGUCGCUGGUCGCUCCAAAAAUGUUGGAAUGCCCAUUGCAAUGUUGCUACAUACUGAUCGCCAUCAUGAGCGUCCUGGAGGUGAUGCCACAGUGACCAUUACCCACAGAUGUACUCCAAAGGAAAGGCUCAAAGAGCUAACCCGCCUGGCUGACAUCAUUAUUGCAGCAGCAGGUGUUCCUGAGCUGAUCACAGCAGACAUGGUGAAAGAAGGUGCAGCAGUCAUUGAUGUGGGUAUAAAUCGCAUCAAGGAUCCAAACACAGGAAAACUUCGGCUCAUUGGUGAUGUGGACUUUGAGGGAGUGAAGGAGAGAGCAGGUUUCAUCACACCUGUCCCCGGAGGGGUGGGUCCAAUGACGGUCGCCAUGCUGAUGAAGAACACUGUGACUGCUGCCAGAAACGCACUGAUGCAUUAAACACACACCCACAUACCUACACCUAGACACACACACGUGCACACACAGUAUAGAGAUAUUUAUUUUAACAAGGGCAGACAUCAUGCAAACAUGCAGAUAUAGAUGCAUACAUUUAUAUAGGCACCCGCACAGGCAGACCACCUGCCAAGCAUCUAACACAGUUUUAUUUGAACAUCUGUGAACUCAAGACUCAAUACCUGCUGGGAAAUCUACUUGAUAUGUAUUGCGUUUAUAAUAUUUAUUUAUUCAUUUAUUUAUUAAGUUAUUUAUUUCAGCUUUCACUUUUUAAGAAUUUAUAUUAAUAUUUUUUCUACUGCUGUAAGUUUGGUUCAUUUUGAGCAUAAUGAAAUAAAAACAUUUCA